AUGGCUAUCCCACACCUUUGUAACGAGAUUCGGCUCCGCAUUGUCGAAUUCUGCGACAUGGAGACAAUCUCGACCCUGAAGAAGGUGCCUGGAUUCAGUCACCUUCUUCAAACUUUUGAAACAUCCAUCGUAAAAAAUAUUUACCGGAUGUCUACCCUGGCCGCCCUCGAUGAAGGGCACUCUCCAUUCGUCCUGAGAUACGACCUCAGCGCCCUCGAGAAGGCCUCUGCCGGUGAAAUAAAGGCGGCCAAAGAGUCGGGGAGGCAAGACUACCCACAAGCGAAGCCGGUACCAGUCCACACGAACACCUUUGUAGGUGUUGAGGAGCUCCAGAGGCGCGAUCAUGACAUCGAGGUCUUGCUCAGAGCUCCCAGCCUCCUCAUCAAAAAUCCACAUGAUGGAAUACCCCAUAGUUGGCCAGCCUUCCCAAACACAAACUCACGGAGCCUUCUUCAGGCUCUUCUCAAAAGAGCCAUGACCCGCUGUGACGUCCUGGCCGACAUGGAGGGGCAGGCCAUAUUCGAAAUGGCCGGGGAAUUGUUUUGGUUUAUUGGCAUCCCAGACGGGCCCCAGCUGGUGCGCGGGCUCACGUUGAGUCGCACGCUCAAGCUCCAGAAGGAGUACCUCGAGAGUCUGUCCCUUGACUCGCUCAUCGAAGUCUACUUCCUCGGCACAUACCUCGCCGAGUGCCGCCACCAGAAGACAUGCGUGCCCACCAUGGAUGUUGAGUACUUCAAGAGAGAGCAGGCCUUCCAGGAGGCGGUGCUCCGUCACGGCAGCUGGGCCAUGUACAACGAGUUCCGCGGCAGCGGCGGCCGAGCGAAGCACCACGGGCAGAUGCGCGACCAGAUCACUGAGAGCAUGGUCCUUCAACCCCACGAGGAUCCAACCCGGGCCGACGUGUGGCACCUCGACGGGCUCAGGACGACCCUGCACCACAUGCUGCUCCUCCGCCUGGGGGGCGAGGACGUCCGGAAGAUCGGGGGGCUCCGUACCGAAGUCUACAAGCGAAUCGGGGCCAUGAUCGGGGCUCCUAAGGCGUUCGAGAACCCUCCAUCUUUGAAGGAACGUCCCGAUGAUGUUCAGAACGUUAACUCUGAGUGGCUCUAA